UGCAGCCACUGUCAUUACGCACUGGCAGCAGGCAGUCAGUGCGCGAUUCGUAACUGAGCGCGCAUCAAACAAUUUUCCGUCUGCUAUCGUGUGUUUAUAACGCAGACCGCUAACGUGGUCCAAAGUAAAUUGUUUCUCUCGGCAUUGUCAAUUUUCGAAAAUGUUACGACUCAUAAAUAAAUCUAGCUUUCAUCAGAUCAAUAAACGAUGCUGUCAAUGGAGCAAAUUUUCCUCAUCAAAGAAUCCAGAAAAUGAAGGCACAAAUAUUGAAUUACCGGUGGAAGACCCAGGUCACAAAAUAAAAAGAGUAAUGAAAAGAGAUUUCGCGUUCAUGAAAAAAAAAGUUAUGUUUUGGAAAGAUUUCAAGAAUCCAGCAAUUGAUGAAAAUACUGGCAGAGUGAUUGAUUGGGAUGAUCCAAAUGCUCCAAUCUUCCCAAAUUACUGUGACAUAGUUAUUAUUGGAGGCGGUGCUAUGGGUAGUUCAAUAGCUUAUUGGAUAAAGAAAUUAGCUCUUAGAUCUUUGAAUGUUGUUGUCAUUGAAAAAGAUCCUACAUACAAACAAUGUUCAACCGUGUUAUCAGUUGGUGGUUUGCGGCAACAAUUUUCACUCGAAGAAAACAUAGAAAUGUCUUUGUUUGGAGCAGAAUUUUUAAGAAAUAUUAAUGACUAUUUAGGAGUCGAAGGUGAACCUCCAAUUGAUGUUCAAUUUCAGCCGUAUGGAUACUUAUCUUUAGCAUCAACACCAGAAUCAGCUGAAGUACUCAUGAAAAACUCAGAGUUACAAAAUGAGAUUGGUGCAAAAAAUACAAUUCUAACUGCAGGUCAAUUAUCUAAUAAAUUCCCAUGGCUCAAUACAAAAGACAUAGAGAUGGGAUGUCUUGGAUUAGAAAAAGAAGGAUGGUUUGAUCCAUGGACACUUCUUAAUGCAUUCAAACGAAAAGCGGUUUCUUUAGGCGUUGAUUAUGUCAAAGGCGAAGCUGUAGGCUUUAAUUUUAAGAAAGAUUCAGGUGUAAUGGUUUCUGGUGUUGCUCCUGGUCAAUUUGAAUCACUUAAUUACUUGGUUGUUCGGACAGAUGAUGGAAAACUGAGACCAAUUCAAUUUAGCAGGUGUAUUAUUGCAGCUGGAGCUGGUAGUGGAGAUAUAGCUAAAAUGGCAAAAAUCGGUCUUGGCAAAGACAUGUUAUCUAUACCAUUACCUGUAGAACCAAGAAAAAGAUUUGUUUAUUGUUUCCAUGCCCCAGAAGGGCCAGGACUUAACACACCCAUGGUUAUAGAUCCCUCAGGUACAUACUUUAGAAGAGAAGGCUUAGCAAACACAUAUAUUUGUGGUCGCUCUCCUGAUGCAUGUGAUGAACCAAGUUGCGAUAAUUUAGAUGUGGAUCCAACAUAUUUCGAAGAAAAAAUUUGGCCUACUUUAGCUCACCGUGUGAAAGGUUUUGAAAAUUUAAAGGUAAAAUCUUCAUGGGCUGGAUUUUAUGAAUACAAUAAAUUUGAUGAAAAUGGAAUAAUUGGUUUUCAUCCAUACCAUGAUAACAUUAUCUUUGCCACUGGCUUCAGUGGUCAUGGUAUACAGAAAGCACCAGCUGUUGGAAGAGCUAUCUCUGAGCUAAUUCAGUACAAUACUUACACGACGAUAAAUUUAAAUAGAUUAGGAUUUGACAGAUUUAUAACAAAUGAGAAAAUGGAAGAAAAUAACGUUUGGUGAAAUACAAACAAUUUUAUUAAUAUUGUAUAAUAAAGUGUACAUAAAUGUAAAGAUAUUGUUGUUAGAUUGUUAUAAGUUGAAUUGUGCAGCAUUAUUUGUCAAAA